AUGGCCCUAUUCUUGCAAGGCUGUGAGUUUGCUCGGCAAUAUACAUCCUCCCUUUUCCAUGGCAGAUCCCAGCCCUCUAAGAGGGCCCUUAAACUAGGUGUCCUGUCAACCGCUAAGAUAAGUGCUGCUGCCGUCGUCUACCCUUCGCUAAGCCACCCGGACGUGGAUUUAUAUGCAAUUGCAUCUAUGGACCCCCAAAUGGCGAAGACCGCAACAGAGAAAUACGGCUUCUCAAAGUCAUACCACUCCUUUCGGGAGCUACUGGAUGAUCCGUUGAUCAAUAUUGUCCAUAUAUCCUUACCACCCAACAUAUUUUUUGAGUGGGCUACGAAUGCCUUAGCUGCCGGAAAACAUGUUAUCUGUGAAAAGCCAUCUACAGCAAAUGCAGAUGAGGCAAGAACAUUGAUCGAUGACGCAGAGAGGCGGGGCUUGGUCCUCCAAGAUGCCUUUCACUGGCAAUUCCAUCCAGCCGCUCAUCGGUUCAAGGAGAUUGUAGAUUCAAAGAGAUACGGGAGAAUCAUUCGUACUGAUGCCUGGAUGACAUCUAGCCCUGCUGUGCCCGAUGCAGAUCCAAGAUGGCAGUAUGAUCAAGGGGGUAAGCGUACCAGCACCAAUGCACGUCCCAUUUCUGACUCUUUUUUGCUUAUCAUGAUCCCUUUUGUAGGCGGUUCCUUGAUGGACGGAUCAUAUGCCUUAUCAUUCACUCAAUAUGUGCUCCCGUCUAAACGUCCGAAGAGGAUCCUCUCGGCAGCUGCUCGUCCAUCAAGGGAUGAUAGCCGUGUUGACGCUGCAAUGCAUGCAUUAUUGCUCUUUGAAGACGAAAAAGGUAACCCCAUUACCAGCCGGAUUUACACAGACAUGUCUCGCAGCAGACUAGGCGGUAUUCUCCCUCGUGUCUGGGAACUACCAUCGAUCGAGGUGGAGACAGAUGCCGCAAUAAUCUAUUUCUACAACGCAAUGAUGCCCCAUAUCUAUCAUUACAUCUCCAUCACUGAUAAGCGGACUGGGAUGACGGAAUACAAGACACAGAGCUCUGGAGGCCCUCUCUGA